AAGGAUGAUCAAGUAAACAUACCAAGAAUGUCUCUCAAAUACUAGCUAAAAUCAAAACAAUUAUCCAUCAACACCUUGACUGCUCGUGUUGCACCUUUUCUGCUCUUAUUUGUUUGGGCUCGCCUGUGGUUGGUUUCAGAUGCUGUAAUAUAGCUCAAUUUAUGUUUUUAUGCUGAUGUUCCAUUGUGCUCCGCCUCCUCGAAACUGUCCAGGGUGAGAGGAGCUCUGAGUCACGAGCUGACAGACACAGCUGACCACCCUGAGUGCUCGGCACACGCUCCCAUCGCAUCAAGUCCGAAAGUAUCCUACGCACCAUGGCAUCGGACGAAUUAGCGAGGAAACUGCAGCCCAGGAUGGCCGCAGAGCAGGCUCCCCAAUUCAUCCGGUGUGCACCAGAGGAGACCCCGGUGAAACCGAGCGACUCUGUCCCUGAGCCGCAGGAAAAAGCGGUGGUGGUCAUUGUCAGUGAUGCCACAUCGGAACUCACGGCGAAACUCAACCGGAGACUAGACAUCAACGAUGGGAACGCGGCGCCCAAGCAAGCCAAGGUAUUCAACCCCUACACGGAAUUCAAAGAAUUCUCCCGCAAACAGAUCAAAGAAAUGGAGAACAUUUUCAAACGGUUUGACAGUGGUAAGGACGGAUUCAUAGACCUGAUGGAGCUGAAGCUGAUGAUGGAGAAGCUGGGAGCUCCUCAGACCCACCUGGGCCUCAAGAACAUGAUCAGGGAGGUGGAUGAGGACUUCGACAGCAAGCUGAGCUACAGAGAGUUCCUGCUGAUCUUCAGGCGAGCAGCGGCAGGCGAGCUGCAGGAGGAGAGCGGUCUGGUGGCUCUGGCCAGGCUGUCUGAGAUAGACGUCUCCACAGAGGGAGUCAUGGGGGCACGGGACUUCUUCGAGGCUAAGGUGCAAGCUCUAAAUGUGGGCAGUAAGUUUGAGGCUGAGAUCCGAGAGGAGCAGGAGGAAAUGAAGAGGCAGGCGCUUGAUAAGAAACAGAGACGGGCUGCCUUCAAAGAGCUGCAAUCUGCCUUCUGCUCAUAAUACAGUGCACACACACACUGAAACACACGCACACACUGAAACACACGCACACACUGAAACACACGCACACACUGAAACACACGCACACACUGAAACACACGCACACACUGAAACACACGCACACACGCACACACUGAAACACACGCACACACUGAAACACACGCACACACUGAAACACACGCACACACUGAAACACGCGCACACACUGAAACACGCACACACACUGAAACACGCACACACACACUGAAACACGCACACACACACUGAAACACGCACACACACACUGAAACACACACACACACUGAAACACGCACACACACUGAAACACGCACACACACACUGAAACACACACACACACUGAAACACGCACACACACUGAAACACGCACACACACUGAAACACACACACACACUGAAACACACACACACACUGAAACACGCACACACACUGAAACACGCACACACACUGAAACACACACACACACUGAAACACGCACACACACUGAAACACGCACACACACUGAAACACUCAAACACACUGAAACACGCACACACUGAAACACGCACACACUGAAACACGCACACACACUGAAACACGGACUGAAACACGCACACACUGAAACACGCACACACUGAAACACGCACGCACUGAAACACGCACGCACUGAAACACGCACGCACUGAAACACGCACGCACUGAAACACACACACACUGAAACACACACACACUGAAACACACACACACUGAAACACACACAAACUAAAACAUGCAUGACCAUGCUCAUACUCACACUCACAUUAAGGGAUGUUUUAAAGUAGUUGCAUAGCUUCCCUGAAUACACACAUAAUAAUAUUUGAUUGAAUAAUGAAAGUUUGAUAUUAAGGUUAUUGUUAUGAUAUGACUGAUUUAUUGUUAUUAUUGUUCUGAUUAACAUGAUUGUAUUAGCUAUUAUACACAAUAUUCUCACUUAGUUUAAAACGGUGAGGUCAUACCUAUUAUAUUAAGAAAAUAGAUUUUUCUAUUUCCUAUCAAUAAUUCUAUUGUUUGAUGUACAUUACAGAAAAGGUUAUGUGGAUCAAUGUAUUGACCAAUUUAUGUGUAGAAGGCAAAGGAAUGUUAAAAUACCUGUGUCCAAAGAAAGUCACUAGCCACCUUUUCUUUUCCUGUUGAAACCUUUAAAAAUCACUGAAUAUACGUGUUUACUAUUGGCAUAUUAUAGGUGGUGCUGUUAUAUUGAAUAUUGACCUGUAAUCCAUGUUUGUUUAAUUUCUAGAAACAUACCAUCAUGUAACACUAGCAUUAUGUUGUCUUGUGUCCCGAAAUAAAAGGAAAUGGAUGAAUUGUAUUUUUCCAUAAAUAAAACGAUGGUAAUCACA